CUCAAACGUUGAUCAAGAUCGGCCGAGUCGACCGGGUUGGCGCUGGUUGAACGAUGUCAUCGAGUGAGAAUUCUCCACCUGCACCGGCAAAGAUCAAUGCCCAGCAAUCAUCUGCCUUGGCCAAACGCACAGCACACAAGGCCACCAGCCUCCGACAACAGCACGACCAACCAACUGACGACACAGCGCGCACCAGUGACGACCUCGUCAGUCAGAUCAACCUUCUCGUGCACAUGUAUACUUUGCGUCGGGAAGACGCGGCAGACCACGUCGCAGAUUCACUUGGGUUUUCCGUGUACCUCACCAGCUCCCGCGUGGACGAGCGUGCGUUUGUCGCGCAUGUGGCGAAAGUGGCGGCCGGGCUUAGGCGCGUCCGUGUGGACAGCUGCCACUUGCAGUCGGCGUGGCAGUGUGUCGACAAGCUGCUCAGCCAUCGUAAUCACGACACUCGUGCCAUAGCAUACACGUUUCUGGACGUGUGCCUCGAACUGCAUUACGACCGGGUGCCACUGGGCAUGCGUCUUGCCAUCUUUCAACUUUUGACCACGGGACACGGCGAAUUCCUCCGGCGGCAAAACAGUUUGCGGCUGCUGGUACAAGACGGCCGGACGGUGCUGCCAUUUGCCAAGGACUUGGGCUGGGUGUUAUUGACAUUACUGGAGACAUCUGAUGCCCAGAAAGAGCUCAGUUCGCUGCUGCACUGCAUUCUGAGGCGGUCUCCUCAUGCUUUGGAGCCCGAGAUUGUGACGUCGAUUACAACACUCCUGUCUGGCCGAGCUGACGCCGCGUACGCCCGAAGGGACAAGGACGCGUGCAAGCGGUUCCUCAAGUUCAUGACGAUCUUGGUCAAUCACGAGUUGGACGCCGCCGCCGCCACACCCGAGUGUCUGGCGUCGUUGUGUGGGCUGGUCAACGUCAAGGAGGAUGGCGUGAGCACGUGGGCUAUCAUCAAGCACUUGCUGUCGGGAGCGUCGCGGUAUCAAGUUCUGCACGGGCUGUUGGGGCUGCUUGAAGCGCCCGUGGCCCCAUUUGUCGUGCGUGGCGCCGUGUUCUUUAUCGGGAUGAGCGCGUGGGGGAGUCAGCGGGUGACGAGCUUGGAAGUUGGGCGGAGCUCCGUCUUGCGAAGCCUGCUGCCCGCGGUUCAGAGCCCCCACAGCAUAGUCAUAUUUGAAGUCGUGCUGAGUUUGCAGCGACUGAUCAAAAAGUACGGCGACCAGAUGCUCAUUGAGUGGGACUUGGUGUUUGAUUACCUGCGCCGGUUGUUUCCGUGGAUGGCUGCGCAAGCUUUUGCUGACGAAGGUCCGGCAGACCGACUGGCGGGUGAGUUACUGGACACGUUGCUGCUCGUGGAAGCGCUGCACCACCCAAAGCAACUGUCGGACCCGCCCUUGUCGUCGUCACACCGCCGCUUUCAAGGCAACCUCUACGACUUUUAUGCGGUCGUGGAGGUAUAUAUGGCGUACUGCCCGCUUGCAACGGUGACCAACCUCGUGACCUUUCGAGCCGAAGCGUGCCAUCCGGCCAGCGACUCGAACUGGCUCGCGAAUUUGCACGACCUGGUCGCGACGUUCUUUGCAUCCACAGGCGUCCACGUCAUCAUCCGCCUUCAAGCGCUCAGUGUCCUGGAUGAAAUCGUCACGUUAUGUCGCCAUAUUUGCGAAGACCGGGUGCUAGACGACCUAUUUGUGCCGUGUCUGCAGCUAGUUCACGACGACGACGACCCUCAGGUGCGGGAGGCUGGACUGGACCUGAUUGUGCGAGUGGCGCGUGAAGUAGAUUCAGUCAAGUUUUAUCCGCUCGUGGACCUGCUUCAUAUGGCGGCGACAUCGGCCAAGUUUGCCGAUGCCAAGCACAAGGCCACCCACGGACUUGUGACACUGUUCCACGCGUGUUUUCCGCACAUUCCGUCGACGCGUUGCGUGCGCAUCUUUGAGCUGCUUACAGGAUAUGCUGUGACCCACCGCGACUCGUAUGUGCGGGGCGUAGCCAUCACAUGCUUGCGCCAAGUGUGUACCGCGAAUGCUUCGUUCCAUAUGCUCCUGACAGAUGAAACUACCCACGAGGAUGGACGUUCGACGCGGACGUCGCCGUUUCUGAUGGCAUGUCGGGGGCCAACGACCAAGCCGUCGGUGGGAAUUCUGCCCAUUCCCAAGCUCGUCGUAGCGGCGCUCACGAUGGCGAGCACGGAAACCCACGCCGCCAACUUUGACGUGGCGGUCGAUGUGUUGGUGCGGAUGGUCGAGAACCGGUACGUACUGCACGACGUGGAUAUGAACGACAUGACGGUCAAGCUCGUGUCGUGCGUCGACUGCCGCGCGUUUGGCCGGGCGGCGGCGGCCCCCCCGCUUUCCCCCCUUCCCCCCCGUCGGCCCCGGCUUCGGGCGCACACGGACUCGCACGUGCUGAUAGCCGACAUGAUGGACGAGGAGCAGACGGCGGACGCAGUGUCGGGGCGGACGACCAAAACGGUCUUGACGCAAUACUUGACCCGGGGCGUGGAGUUGCUGCUGCUCCUGGCGUCGUACCAGAGCCGCGUGUCACCCGCUGUCCUGCACCGGGUGCUGCUCACGUUUGUGUCUGUUCUGGACUUUGAACCGACCGUUGCCACCGCCUCGGUAUCUCCGACCAUGCUAAAACGAACCAAAUCCACCAUGCAAGUGCUACCGCUAGCUUGUUGUGCACCGGAUAUCGACGGCUUGCAAGCCGCCGAAGUUGCGCUCGUGCAUGCCGUCACCCGAGGGCUAUGCGUGAUGGCGUUGAUACAGCCCCAUCCAGUGGUAGCGACGCUGCCUGCGAUUUUACAUACCCUAGUCCAUCGCGUGUGCAAACCUCUGGACGACAUCAAUGGACCACGUGUCCACUCGGUUGAAAUAAUCUUGUGCUUAUGUCUGGCUCUGGUGUGGAACUUUCUCCACGUCCUUCCGCCUUCACUAGAUGAUGAUAUUAACGACAAAGUCAAUUCCAACGACGAUAAAGUCGUUCAAUCUGACGAUUUGGUCGUGGCGCUGGCAUUGCAAGCGUUGUGUCGGCCAGCGUCCAAGUUCAUGGCGUCGCUGGCACUUCAAGUGCUUAUGCAGUGCUUUUCCCAGUCGAAAUUCACACGGCGAGACCACUUGGCGCGCGCGAUCCUGCCGACGCUGCUGCACGCCCACAAGUCAAGCCUUGUGGACGCGGCCGUGGACUUCAUCCAGACCCAUGUCCACCAUCUACCCCUGCCGCCAUCCAACACCGUCGCAGCUUUGAACGGCCCCGCCACCUGUCAUCCAUCCACAAAGACCUCGUGGUACCACCGCGGCAGCAUCCUCACCCUGUGUACAACCGAUCGCGACGCAGUUAUCACCGUUCGAUAUGCGACCAUUACCCACACUUGGACGCUUCCAUCCAACGACCCGAUGCAGCUCAUGACGACGGUAUUUCGGUUGGAUCCGCUGGCUUUGGACUCCCCCAGCAUGCAACGACUCGUGGAAGGCGCGCCGCUGUCGAGGGCACUGGCCGUGCUGGACCGAAGUCCGACAUAUGAGACGCAUAAAGUGGGGGUGCUGUACGUCCCGCACGACAAGGCGACGGAAAUCGAACUGCUAGAGGUUGUCGGGGGGUCGCCGCGGUACCUCGAGUUUCUCCGCGGGUUGGGGGAGAUGGUGCCGCUGCAGCAUCUCGUCGGGUACAACGGCGGAUUGGACAUUUCGACAAGUCAAAGCGACGGCAAGUAUGGCCUCGUCUACAGGGAUGCCAUCACCCACGUGAUGUUUCACGUGGCAACGUUCAUGGUGGCGCCAGAAACUUCGUCUUCAUCUCCCACCGCUACAUCUGACAGCCCCCCGGACUCUGGACGGCAUAUUGCCAAGAAGCGCCACAUUGGCAACGACUUUGUACACAUUGAGUACUUGGACUACGAUGACACUGACAACGACGAUGGGAUUCCGUCGCUGGGGGGGCAGUUCUCCGACGUCCGGAUCUUUGUGCAGCCCCUAACCGGCGGUGACGACCUCUUUCGCACGCGCGUCCAGUGCAAACAUGCGGCGACGUUGGCGCCGUUUGGUCCGCUGCAUGGCGUCCAGGUAGUGCCGGGGCACAUGGUGGCUGCCGCCGUGCGACUCACGGCCAUCCACGCCAACUUGGCGUGUCGAGAGAUGCACCAGGACCGGUUUGAGUUUGUGCUCAACGUCGAAGAUCGACUGCGGCAAAUCAAACAGAUUGGCACCAGAUUCGUCGAUGCUACUGCGUCUCCCAUGGUGUAACACGAACAGAUUGGAGUUAUGAG